UCUCUCUCUCUCUCGCUCACUCUGUACUUGGAAGCUUCUCUCGUGCGUUUCUCCCGCGGUUGGUUCUUGCGCCUUCCUCAUGCGUUUCUCGAAUCCCUCUCGCCAUCUCCGCUUUCCAAGACUUCUCAUAUGCUCUUCGAUUCGAUAAAAGCCCUUUCAACCCGAUGCUCAAUUCCUCCAAAAUGGCGGCCUCUUGGCUGCUCUGGAAGCCAAGAUUUCUAUUUUUAGGCUUUCAACCCUGUUAUCGGCAUUCCCUGUGAAAAAAAUUCCAUUCUAAAGCAAAGCAAAAAAAAAAAAAAAAAAAAAAUCCAAUUUUGGAGUUCAAGAUUCACCGGAGAAGGCGUGUUUCGGUGGAUAUCUGCUGCAUUUCUGUUCUUCUUGGAUUUCGGAUAUUGGAGGUGGGUCUCGACAAAUCCACAUCUUUCUGCUGUUUUGAUUGGUUUCUUGUAGCUGAGAAGUCUUUGUGUUAGGGUUUCUAAGGUCUCUCGGUGGUGCUCUGGGAGAGAAACCCCUCGUUGAUUUUGAGGAUCGUAGCAUAGUCUCAGAUCCGCCAUUGCUAGGGUUUUAUAGUGUGACUGCUCUGCUUCGUCUUGCUUGUCUAUCGGGGGUUAAUUUAUUUGGGGUGCUUAAAGUUGGAGGGUUUGUAGUUAUGGAGAAGGAUAAGUCUCCAGUCCAUGGAGGUGGUGGUGGUUGUGCUGCUGCUGGUGGUGGUAGUGGUUUACCCCCUCCCUUGCCCCGGUAUGCUGCUCUUGCCUCACCAUCCAGUAGUUUUCCUCUUAAAGGGGAGCCCUCAUCAUCUUCUUCAAUUCCUGGUAGCACUCCAGAGUCUGGUCAUUUUGGUCAGAGGGUAGUGCCGGAUACUGGGCAGUUCAGUCAUGAUAUAAGCGGAAUGCCAGAGCACCCACCGAGAAAUGUUGGUCACCGGAGGGCUCAAUCUGAGAUUUUGAGCCUCCCUGAUGAUAUUAGCUUCGACAGUGACCUUGGGGUUGUAGGGUCUGGUGAAGGCCCUUCGCUGUCUGAUGAGACUGAGGAAGACCUGCUCUCUAUGUACCUUGAUAUGGACAAGUUUACCUCAUCAUCUGCGGCAUCUGAGUUGGAUUUGCUGGGGAGUGAGAAUUCAGUGACUGCCGCAGCGCCUGCUCCUACUUUUCCUCUGCAGACUGAAAAUUUGGCUUCAGCUUCUAAUGAGAGACCAAGGGUGAGGCACCAACAUAGCCAAUCUAUGGAUGGGUCUACUUCAAUCAAGCCAGAAAUUCUGGCAUCGGGCUCAGAAAGACCAUCUUUGGCAGAAACAAAGAAAGCCAUGUCAGCUGCAAAACUUGCUGAUAUUUCCCUAGUUGAUCCAAAGCGAGCAAAAAGGAUCUGGGCGAAUAGGCAGUCAGCUGCUAGGUCAAAAGAAAGAAAGAUGCGUUACAUUGCAGAGCUUGAGCGAAAAGUGCAAACCCUGCAGACAGAAGCUACAACAUUAUCAGCCCAGUUGACCAUGUUACAGAGAGACACUAGUGGAUUGACUGCUGAAAAUAACGAGUUGAAGCUGCGUCUCCAGACCAUGGAGCAGCAAGUUCACCUGCAAGAUGCACUAAAUGAUGCCCUCAGAGAGGAGGUUCAGCGGUUGAAAAUUGCAACUGGACCAGCAAAUCCUAACGGCGGACAGGUGAUGAACUUGGGACCAUCUUUUGGAGCCACUCAGCAAUAUUAUCACCGCAGUCAUGCAAUGCAGUCACUUAUGGCUGCCCGGCAACUUCAGCAACUCCAAAUCCACUCACAGCAUCAACAACAGAUGCACCCACAACAGCACCAGCCUCAGGUGCAGCAGCAGCAGCAGCAGCAAUCACCUGCUGAUUUGAAAAUGAAAGGAGUGAUGACUUCUCAAAGGGAGGGCACUUCAGAUAACAGCACUCCUCAGGAAUAAAUGAUUAGCAGAGUUAAUAUGGGAUCGACAUAUGUUGAUAUUAUAUUUCAAAUAUUAGAUUUGCUUAGUAUGUAUUAGACAUGUUAUGUACAAUUUAUUAUAUCCAGUGGUUAGGUUUGUUGGACUUGCAAAUUCCAGUACCUGUUGCAGUCGUUUUUUUUGGGAAGCGUUUGGAUGA